AUGACUUCUGAAGAGGACAUUGCCUGGUUUCAAUCUACCUUCCGGCCUAUUCCUAAGCCAGAGCUCCCCGAUGAUGCGGUCGAAUACUCUAUCUACCAUAUUCCGCCUUCCCCCGCCCCCGCCGUUAUCGAUGAAGCUGCUGAGACUAGGGCGCGCUUGCUCGAGGUCCAACGCACUGCGGCGGAGUUAACCAAGGAUCUGCUCAAAGAUUACAUCUGGCAGCGCGAAGCCUUCAAAUUGGAAAUUACCAAGGAAGAUGGGAUCACUUCGUUGCAAGGUCGCACCAAUUAUGGUGACUCCAUUGAAGACGAAUGGGUCAUUGUGUAUUUCCUGCGCGAAUUGACCAAGCGUCAUAAAGAUAUCUGGGUGAAAGUCAUGGACAGUGAUGGCGAGUUCCUCCUCAUCGAAGCGGCCGGAACACUUCCUGCCUGGAUAGAGCCAGAUGUUGCAGACAACCGGGUCUGGAUCCACCAGGGAGACCUCCGAAUUAUCAAGCCGAAGCAAGAGACAAAAAGACAAUCCACUGAGAAGCUGUCCCUUCCAGAGGCUCGCAAAAUUCUCCGUGAUGACCCUAGUCGCCUACUGAAAUCAACAAUCAUUCAAGAAGAAGCUUUCUUCCGUCUACGCAAAUACCCCCAGCAGAUUAACGACAACCUUCACUCCGCAGUCAUCACAAUUCCCCGCAAGGCUGCAUUCCUCUUACAUCAAAAGCCAGGUUACAUCUCGCCUGCCGUGGAAGCGUUCUAUGUCCGCGACCCAAUUGCGCUGCGACCACUUAAAGCCAAGGAUUCAUCUGGUCUUACCUUCAAGCCUGAUGACCUAGUCACGGUUAGCGUCCGCUUUACACGAGUAGGAUAUGCCCAACUCAAAAGCCAGGAGUUCCCUGUCCCAAGCACAUGGACAGGCAAGAUGCCAUCGACCGAGGAUCAAUCGUAUGGCCGCGCAGAGGCAGGAAUGAAACUUGCUUGUGGAAUGGAGAUGCUGCUGGCUGAUCCUCAGAACCAAGAUAAACCCGUGGUCCGGGAAAUGAAGCUUCUCCUCGAAGAUGUGGAGACGGGAGAUGAACCCCUUCCCACCGAUAAGGAGAUCCAGGAAACAUGGGACAAGCGUGAAGAUGAUGAGAAGUGGCUGGAUAUUAGCUUUGAGGACUUGGAAACUGAGCUGAAAGGCAGAGCUCAAGGUAAACAAGCGGAGGCUGGCGACUUCGGUGACUCUGGAGCGCAGGAAAACCUCCAACGCAUUGUGGCCCGCUUCGAGGAGUUUUUGAAUGACAACUCAGCGGGCUUCGAUGGUGCUGAUUUCAUUGAUGACUUUGAAUCAGACUCUGAUGUUGAUGAGGAUGAGGAAGACGGGGAAGAAGUUGACAGUGAUGGAGAGGACAAAGAUGCCUCGUUCAACGAGGAAGAAUUCGCCAGAAUGAUGAAAGAAAUGAUGGGCAUGCCAUCUUCAUCAGACUCUAUCCGCAAACGAGUCCAAGAGCUAGACUCGGAUGGGGAAGAUGACACGGAGGAAAUCAAGGAGCUUACGCGGCGCAUGGAGGCCGAAUUGCAAGGAACAGGCAUCCUUGAUCUCAAGCAACGUCAGCAAAACCUGUCCUCUGACGAAGCAAGUGCAUCCAAGGGCAAAGCUGCCAGUACUUCGAAGCCAGACAACUUGGAUGAUGAGGAUGACAACAUCAACAUAAAUCUUGCCAAGAACUUAUUGGAGAGUCUUCAAAGCCAAGGUGGUGUCUCUGGUCCCGCGGGGAAUAUGUUGUCGAUGAUGAACAUGCGCAUGCCCAAGGAUGACCGCCCUUGA